CAAAGCGAAAGCGAGUUUCUUAGUCAAUCAUCAACUUAUCAUUAAUUUUCAGCUGUGAAGCUGCCAGGGUACGCGAAAUUAACUGAUAAACGGAUUCAUACACAAUCCAUCAGCGCAAUCAACAUGGCCGCUCAGAGGAAUCAAUUCUCUAAACGUUUAGCUGGAAUCAACGCUUCUCCGAAGACACCCAACAACACAAUUUUGACGGAAUCAGAACCUUUGUACGUAACUCCUCAGAACGCGAUUGACUCAGAGAUAGAACCAAACACUCCGCUCAAAGAUUCCAUAAACACCUGCAAAAAAAAAUCAGGAAAACUAGUUUCUAAACGAAAACUUUUCCUGCAAAGUGGCCAAAGUUCUCCUGUGAACAAAGCAAAAAGACAGGCUACUCCAAAGACUCCAAGUGCUUUUCCUCUAAGCUCAUUUCCUGCAGACAGCUCCAGACUAAAUUUUCCAUUGACAGAACGCCAACAGUUGCAAUAUCUCCUUGAAGUAACAGCCAAAGAAGCAAAACAAGAAUCUGGAUCUGGUAACAACAACAGUGAUAAAAUACCAAUUCUUUACAACAAGACAAAUGCUAAGAAAGAUGUGAGCAAGGAAAACCAUAUUGAGACACGGAUACGAAAGAGAAAUGAGCGUGGAGAAACAGCACUGCAUGUUGCAGCAAUAAGAGGAGACUUGGAGGAUGUUGUUGCUUUGAUAAAAGCUGGAGCAUUGGUAAAUGCCAAGGAUAAUGCUGGGUGGACACCACUCCAUGAAGCUUGCAACUAUGGUAACCUAAGUAUCGUCCAGGAAUUAGUUCAGGGUGGUGCAGAAGUGAAUAGUCCAGGUUAUACAGCUAUUACGCCAUUGCACGAUGCUGUUAUCAAUGAUCAUGUGGAGGUUGUUAAGUAUCUCUUAGAGAAUGGGGCAGAUCCUAAGCUCCAAACAUCUCAAAACUACAAUGCGCUCACCUUAGCAAGAUCUGAACAAGUUCGCUACUUGCUGAGUCCAGAAGAAAGAAGAGGAAAUGCAUACUCAGUUGAGUUCCAAGAAAACGUUGCUUAUUUGCAACACCGGGAUCCUAACUUCAAUUUAUCUGAAAUCAAAAUCAAUGGAUUGAGUACCCCUUUCAUUCAAAGAAACAAUGGUGAGGACACAUUAGUUGAUGAGAUGGAAACACAAGGCUUUAAAGUGCUGUCAUCCCAAAGUGUUUCAGUUCAGAAUCCUAAAGAUAUGGAAAUGGACUUACAUAUAACUCCACACAACACUUUUGGAGUCAAUGGAGGAAACUGUAGCAAUAAACAAAAUUUAUAUUCUCAGCAAUUUCCAGCAUUUUAUGAAUUUCCUGGAAAUACUUACCAUUGCAUCAAUGAAAGAGAAAUAAGCAAAGAAAGAGAGGCAGUUUUUAGGAGAUUGUCGCCAAAAGAAGGUGCAGGAAGGAAUGAAGAUUUUCCAGGUAGAAGUGAUUAUGCAGGUUGGCCUUUUCAGAGGCCUCUUUGCCACACUGUUGUUGCAAAAGAGCCACAAGGCAAUGAAAAUGUGCAAGGUGUAGGUGCCAACGAAAUAAGUCAGUCUUCUGAUCUUGCAACUCUUAGUCCUCAUUUAGAUGUGAAAGAAGAGGUUUGUCCUGAAGAGUCAGAGCCACCCAUUGCUGGUGAUCCUGGCCUUAUGAAUAUGAAACAGUUGACUACCAAGAAUCUUGGUCUGCCUGGGACAUCACAAUUUCAGGAGGACGCUGUUGUACCAGAGAAAUUAAAUGAGUGUCUUGACAAGGCAAUGAUUGAGAUCUCAUCGUACCUAAAAACCAGCCAAAAGUUAGAUGUCAAAGCAUCAUUUGAUGAAAGAGAAUUAAAGACAAAUGAUAAAGAUGAAUCAAAAACAUAUACAUCUUUGAACAGCAAGGAUUUGUUAAAUGGAUUUUCUGAUGUGGACUCGCCACCAAAACCUGCCUCUGUAGAUCCUGCCUCAGAGCUUGGUAAUAAUGAUUGUCAUCACAAAGAAAAACCAUCAAUGGAUCCUUCCCUUUCCAAAACAACUGAGCCUAAAGAACAUGGGAAAACUUUACCACAUCAAGAAUUAUGCACUGAAGAAACUGAAGGCAACAUUGUUGAUCAGCAACCAAAUGCCAAUUUCACAAAAAUUAAGACAAAAGGUGACAGAAAGAAGGAUGGUGCCAUAACAGAAAAAGGUACAAGGUCUAUCAGAAAGAAGAAGUCAUCAAAAUCUUCUGAUGUAACCAAUAGCCACUGCAGUCAUAUCAAAGAGGAGUGUACAAGUCACAUUCAAAAUUCUUCCUGGAGGUCAGACCUACCUAAAUACCGUUACAGCAUAUCCACCUUACCAUUACGUAUCCCAGGUUAUGAGGAUUUCCUCAUAAACAGCAACAACAGUGAAUCAAAAUCUUUAUCAGAUAGGCAGAUCAUGGCUGAUUCAACAUGGGGAAACCAUUUGACAAGGCUAUUGUCUCAACAUGACACGGAAAAGGUCAAGCUGCGCAUGACUUUAGAGCAAGAGUUGGUGCGGCUGUAUGGAAAUGUUGCUCGUAAAUCAGCUGGACAUCAAAUCCCAUACAGUGCAUGUGCGGUGAUUUCAUCACAGAUGCAAGCUCCUGGAAUAAAGCUUAGUGCAGAAAAGGAGCCGAAUAUACCCAUCAAACCUGAGUUGGACAAGAUUUUCAACAAGUUCAACGGGCUUAAGACGCAGAUGCUGAACCGGCAUAAACGAGAAAUUGAAGUGAUCUUCGCAUCAGAAAGUUUAUGGAGGAAAAAUAAAACUGAGGAUAGUAAAUGUGUGACAAAAACUGGGAUGUAUGUGAGCGAAGACUUUGAACUUCUGCCUCCCAAGUUUAGGGAUUAUUACGAAGAGGUUUUGUGUGCUAUGGACUGAACACAAACCAACCGGAGAACGGGAAGGAGUUGAAAGCUGACAAUGCAGUAGGGAGACAGUGCGCGCCUUUUCGAUUUACUCAAAUUGUUAACUGUAAACAUAAAAAUCCAACUCAAGAAAACAACAAAACUACCCUAUCCAUUUCUGUGUACCUUUCUAUUUUACUUAGCCCGCUUUCUACAAAUUAUUUUCUAUCAUCCAUAUUAUGAUGUUUUCCCUCAAAGGGAAUAGUAAACAUUUGUAAAUGAAAGUGUCGUUGAGUGGGUAAUAAAAAUUGUUAAUGAAAACAAG